CCGUUAAUUGACUGGGGCUUCUCUGUAGACCAGACAACUCCAAGCCUCCAAUCAGAUUAGGAUCACCCAAUCUCUUCUGAAUCUUUACAAAUUGCGCCUCUCCUCCACGCAGACCAAGCCACUCUUUACCAAUUCCUCUUUGCCCAAAACCGAUCAGAGACAUGUUUCAUGGUCUCAGCUCCAUGAAUAUCUGCCUAGUGUUGCUGCUCAUUCUUGUUCGAUUGCGAGCCAUGAUUAGCAAUGCCGAGCCAAAUAAUCCGCAAUGUGUUGCUUCAUCCUGUGGUGAUGUUCACAAUAUAACUCAACCGUUUCGACUGAAGAGUGAUCCGAACGGAUGUGGUGAUCCAAAAUAUGAGAUGGUUUGUGAAGAUAAUCGUACCGUUCUAUACUUCCAUGAUAAUCGAUUCUAUGUGCAGUCUAUCAAUUAUUCCAACAAUCAUAUUAGAUUAGUUUAUGACGGGUUGGAAAAGGAUAACUGCUCAUCUCUUGCUCAUUAUUCAUGGGUGUUGUAUGGCUUCAGGAACAGUUUCGAUACACCCUUCAUGUCCUCCUAUUAUGAUAGUUCACUGGUCAUUGUGAACUGUUCAAAGGUAGUUAACUCUGCCAUCUACAUUGCCACGAGUCUAUGCAUUAAGGGUUUGCACUCUUCCAACACAUCAUCGAAUUGGAACUUGUAUGCUUUGUUCAAUCCAGCUGCAUCAGAUGUUAGGGACUUUUGCACCAUUAGCGGCUGGAUGAAGUUAGAUGAUUUUAUGGUUUAUGAGCAGAUCGAUAGUAGCUCCGACAAGUUCGAGCUAAUCCAUAAAAUCAUGGCUGAUGGAUCUACUCUCUCCUUUUCUUCAGACAGUCCAUCCAGGGAGAAGACAACUUUCAUAACUUAUUUUAUUCUGGUACAUUGGAUACGAAUAGCUUCUUCUACAGCAGUCAAGUUUGCGGAUCCAGGUCUGCUGAAAAAUAUUGUAAUUUGGACUAUUGGAGAUUUUAUAGCACUACUAGGUAAGCCGCAAUGA